AUGGUACAUUCAAAUGAUUAGCAAUUUCAACUUAGAUUUUUUGAUCCAUAUAGAAAAGUCAAAGGAAAAUAAUUUGAAUAUUAACAUAUUAUGACUCCUGAAGGUAUAUGUAUUGUUGGAUAAGCUGAUCAACAUUUCAAUAUGUUAAUAGAACAUAAUGAUAAAAAUGAAGUUAUGGGUAUUAAAAUUAUUGUGGAUGGUUAUACUUUGCCUGGAAGAAAAACUUUCAAAGGGAAAUGCAGAAUACAAGGUUUCCCUAAUUCUGAUGGAAAUAUUAAUUGUUUUAAAUUUGCAAAACCUAAAGCAGAUCCUAAUUCUACUAAUAUUUUUAAAAGGAAUCUUUAUAGACCACCUUGGGAUUUAGCUUAAAAUGAUUUACGUAAUUAUACUGGAGGUCCAGGAGAAAUAAUUGUAAAGAUCUAUGAGACUGUGAAAAAAUAGAAUAAAUAUUACAACACUGGUGGAUGUGAUUAUAGAUCUAAUGAUCCUAUGUUUGUGGAGGUUACAAAAAAUGACAAUAAAGAAGCUGAAGAUUAAUGUUUGGGUAUUGCAUUAGGAAAUGUUAUUGAAAUAUAACCAAGACAAUAUACAGAAGAGAGGAAAUAUAGAGAUAUCAUCAAAUAUGAUUGUAUAGUAUAAUCUUUUAGAGUUAUUUAUAUGGAUUCUUCUAGUUUAGUAUCUAAAGGAUUUAUUUAAUUAUCUUGUCAUACUCAUAUAAGAUAUUUGACAGAGGAAUAUUUCUUGGAUAAUGAACCAGCUAUGAUUCAAGUAUUGUAAACAUUAAUAGAGAGUGGAUAAAAGGAUAAAGAAGAACAUGAAAUUUUUUAAGAGGCUAAAAUAUUGGUAGAAAGAUUGGAUUAUUAUUUUCAAAGAGAAUUAUUGAAUAUAUUUAUGAGUAAGGAAAAUCAAGAGUAAUUCAAAUUAGAUGCUAUAAUGAGGAUUUAAUAUAUAGAAGAUGAAUUAAUUAAAUUUAUGAAUGGAUGGCCAGAGUUCUUUAUUAAUUUAGGGAAUAAGACGUUUGGGAUUAAAUAAAAAUUUAAUUAAAAGAUUUAUUUAGAAACUAUUGAAAAUUAAUUAAACAUUGAACAAAUAUGA